AUGGCACUUGCACAUAAUGCCCAGCAGUGUCCAAAUAAAGACGAGAGUCCAGUAGCUUGUUCAGGCACAGACACUGAGCAAUACUCCUUAGCAGGGUAAACUGAAUGCUCUUAAUGCCCUGCUGGCUAAAAGUGCCCAGCAGUAAAUGAAUCCCCAGCAGAUUGUGAUUCUGGAUAAUACUCAUUACUGGGUCAGCUUACAUGUGUUGAUUGUCCUGCUGGUUCAAAAUGUCCAACCAAGACUGAUAGUCCCAUAACUUGUGAUGGAAGUUCAUCAGAACAGUACUCAUUAGCAAAAUCUACAAGUUGUUCUUAAUGCCCAGCAGGUAGCAAAUGUCUCUCAAUAGAUACUGCUCCAGUUGAAUGUGAUAGCGGUGAAUACUCUCUUGCGGGAGAUAAAGUUUGUACAACAUGCCCAGCUGGAUCGAAAUGUCUAUUAAAAACUCAAUCACCAACAGCGUGUGACGAAGGAUAUUAUUCCCUUGCAAAAUCGACAACAUGUACACAGUGCCCUGCUGGUUAUGAAUGCCCAACCAAAACUGACAGUCCUAUUUAAUGUACUGGUACCACUUAUGCACUCUCUGGUGCCACUAGUUGCACAUAAUGUCCAGCAGGCUCUAAAUGCACACGAGAUUCUUCACCUGUAGACUGUGAUAGUGGAGAAUAUUCUCUUGCUGGAGAUGGCUCAUGCACAACUUGUCCAGCUGGCUCCAAAUGCCCCACCAAAACAUCAUAACCUGUUCAAUGUGAUAGUGGCUAUUAUGCUUUAUCUAAAUCAACAACAUGUACUCAAUGUCCAGCUGGCUUCAAAUGCCCAACUAAGGAUGAAAGUCCAAUUCAAUGCACAGGCACCAAUUACGCACUUGCUGGUUCAACAAGCUGUACAUAAUGCCCUGCAGGUUCUAAAUGUACCACUGACUCUUCACCUGUUGAAUGUGAUGCUGGUUAAUACUCCUUAGAUGGAGAUGGAAUAUGUAAAAAUUGCCCAGCAGGUUUCAAAUGUCCCACUAAAGACGUUAGUCCAAUCUAAUGUACAGGUACUGAUUACGCUCUUGCUGGUUAAAUUAGCUGUACAUAGUGUCCUGCAGGUUCUAAAUGUACCACUGACUCUUCACCUGUUGAAUGCGAUGUUGGUGAAUACUCCUUGGAUGGAGAUGGAAUUUGUAAAAAUUGCCCAGCAGGUUCAAAAUGUCCAACUAAAACUAUCUCACCCAUUGAAUGCGAUUCAGGCUUCUACUCUUUAUCUACAUCAAUUGCAUGCACAUAGUGUCCAGCUGGUUACAAAUGUCCAACAAAAGAUGCAAGCCCUAUUCAAUGCACUGGAACUGAUUACGCUCUUGCUGGUUCAACUAGCUGUACACAAUGUCCCACAGGCUCUAAAUGCACUGCUCACUCAUCACCUAUUGACUGUGACAGUGGUGAAUACUCACUAGCUGGAGAUGGAGUUUGCAAAACUUGUCCAGCAGGAUCGAAAUGUCCUACUAAAACUAUCUCUCCCAUUGAAUGCGAUUCAGGCUACUACUCCUUAUCUAAAUCAAUUGCUUGCACAUAGUGUCCUGCUGGUUACAAAUGUCCAACAAAAGAUGCAAGUCCUAUUCAAUGCAGUGGAACUGGCUCAGAACAAUAUUCCCUCGCCCAGUCUACUUCGUGUUCCUAAUGCCCAGCUGGAAAGAAGUGUCUAACUGCAGAUUAAGAUCCUAUUGAUUGCCCUACUGGGUAUUACUCUCUUCUUGGAGAUGGCUAUUGCACAAUUUGCCCUGCUGGUUCAAAAUGUCCUAGUAAAGAUGUAAGUCCAGUUGCAUGUUCUGGCACUGGUUCAGAAUAAUACUCUCUCGAAGGUUCAACAAGUUGUUCUUAAUGUCCAGCUGGUAAGAAUUGCCCAGCCACUAACUCUGCUCCUAUCGACUGCAAUUAAGGCGAAUAUGCUCUGGCUGGAAAUGGAGCAUGCACAACUUGCCCAGCUGGAUCGUACUGCCCAAGCACCACAUCUUCUCCAAUCUAAUGCAAUACUGGCUAGUAUGCCCUUGAAAAAUCUACUUCAUGCACUGAAUGUCCUGCAGGCUAUAAGUGCCCAACUAAAGAUGUCAGUCCAGUUUAAUGUUCUGGAAGCGGAAAUGAAUAAUAUGCUUUAGCUGGUUCAACUUCUUGCUCUCAGUGUCCAGCUGGAAAAUCUUGUCCAAACACAUAUUCUACACCAACUGAUUGCAUUCAAGGUUAUUACUCUCUUGCAGGUGAAGCCACUUGCACACCCUGCCCAGCAGGUUACUCAUGCUUGACAACCACGGUUUCUCCAGUUGCAUGCGAUUCAGGCUACUACUCAAUACUAGGAGGAGGCUUAUGUAUUGGAUGUCCCAAAGGCUAUUAAUGCCCAAAUAAAAACGAAUUACCAGAUGAAUGUGAUGAUGGCUAUUAUCAAUCUGCUACCUUGAGCACUUCUUGCAAAGAAUGCCCAGCAGGAUAUUCUUGUAUUGAUAAAACUUUGGAUCCAGUAGCUUGUUCUGGGUCAGCUAAUGAAUAGUACUCACCCGGUCUUUAAAAAUAUUGCUAGAAGUGCCCUGCUGGUUAUGCUUGUCCAUCUACUAGUGUGAUGACUUCUUGUGCAGCUGGCUAUUAUUCUAUUGAAGGUGACAUUGUUUGCAAUAAAUGCCCUCAAGGUAAAUCCAGAUUUAAAUAGUAAAUAAAUUCUUUAGGUUCUUCAUGCUAAGAUCCAACUGUAUUGCCUGUUUCUUGUACAAGAUCAUAAUACUCAAUUUCUGGAUCUACGCAGUGCUUACUAUGUCCUGCUGGCUAUGAAUGCCCUAAUGCUGCUUCUAUCCCUGUAUCAUGUCAACAAGGUUACUUCUCCCACGAAGGUGAUGGGUAUUGCUCAAUAUGCCCUGCUGGUUCAAGUUGCGCUAAAAUGACAGUUUCUCCAGUUGCUUGCUAGUCUGGUUACUAUUCAAUUCCAGGCUCAACAUACUGCUCAGUAUGUCCACUUGGUCAUUAUUGUCCUACUCCAGAUUCAAGACCUCAUAGCUGCCCUUCAGGCACUUACUCUACAAUCGGCUAAACUCACUGUCACGCUUGCCCUAUUGGAAAAUUCUGCCCAUAAACAAUUAUUGCAUAGCCUUAUGAUUGCCCACCAGGCUUCUAUUCUUCAGAAUAAAAUCAGACAUCAUGUACACCAUGUCCACCUGGUUUCUAAUGUGAAGUUCCAUCUCAAAAUCCAAAGAUUUGCGACUCUGGAUACUUUAGCUUUGGCUCAGCUGCUUUAUGCACUAUAUGCCCAGCUGGCUAUUACUGUCCCAAGGGAAAUAAAGAGCCUAUAGUAUGUCCUGCUGGAAAAUUCAGUCCAACUGGACAAGAUGAAUGCAGAGACUGCCCAGAUGGUGCUGCUUGCCUUCAAAGUAACGGAGGAGGAGAAGAAAAUUGCUAGUCAGGCCAAUACAGAGUUAAUGAUGGUACUCUCCCUAUUUGCAGAGACUGCCCACCUGGCCAUUAUUGUCCAACUGGUUCAUCUUUACCAACAAUUUGCGAGAGCGGAACCUAUGCUUUAUACAAUAGAUCAUCAUGCAUUUCAUGCAUUGCAGGAUCAUUCUGCCCACAAUUAGGAAACGCUGCUGAAACUUGCCCACCUGGCACAUACCAACCAGACUCUAAAAAGACAUUUUGCUAUGAAUGCCCAGCUGGAUAUUAUUGUGAAUCAAGCUCAGUCUCACAACCAACCGUCUGCCCUGCUGGAAAAUACAACCCAACAGCAAAUUAAACUAAGUGUAUGGAUUGCCCUGCUGGAUUUUUCUGUCCAUCACCAGCAACUAAAAUACCAUUUAUCUGUCCCUCUGGAUAUUACAGUAACUCUAAUUAAAAUGCUUGCACAAAGUGUGAAUCAGGCUAUAAAUGUCCAACUCCUUUCUAUGUAGAUAGAGUAGAAUGUCCAAGUGGAUUUGUAUCUAAUUUAGGCUCAACUUACUGUUUUGAGUGCCCUGCUGGAAAAUCAUGUACUAUCACGAAUAAUAAGCUCGAAGUUCAGCCAUGUCCUUUAGGAUAAUUUUCUCAUAUAGGAUCCCUAACUUGUAGUCCAUGCCCAGCUGGAAAAUCAUGCCAUUCUAAAGAUUCGUUAGGUUAGAUUAACUGCGAUGAAGGCUACUAUUCACUAGAAGGAGAGAUUUCAUGUAAGCCAUGCCCAGCUGGUUUUAAAUGUCCAAACAAGAAUGGCUUAGGAAUUGAAGAGUGUCCAGAUGGAUAAAUCUCAACUAUAGGAUCUUCUAAGUGUUAUGAGUGUCCAAAAGGUCAUUAUUGUCCAUUUAAGCAUUUAUUCUUUAUCGAACAAUGUCCUCCUGGAACUUACUCAUUAGGAAAUUAAAAAACUUGCACUGAGUGUCCUGAGCAUUUCGAAUGCCCCCACAGAGAUACAAUCAAACCUAUCAAAGACGGAUUCUUCAGUCCUAAAGGUACAUCUUUGGCCUUGAAAUGCAGAGCUGGAUGGCAAUGCAAGAUGACUGGUGAGGAUAAGUAUGUCAAGCCUUGUGAAAUAGGCUAUUACUCAAUGAUAGGUGCCUCUGAAUGCUUGAAAUGCCCUCCUGGCUCUUAUUGUGAGCUACCAGAUGCUAAUCCUAUUCUCUGUCCAAGAGGUUUCUAUUAAGACUUAGAAGGAUAAUAAACAUGCAAAAAAUGUGAAGGUAAAACUUUUACGGAUUAGCCAGGAUCAGUAAAAUGCUAGGGGAUUCCCAACGGUUAUCAAUAUGGCUAUGGUGGUUUUACAGGUUAUGAAAAGUGUAUUUAUGGAACCUACAGCGGUUUAUUAGAAGUCAAUGAUGAUGGGCUGCUAGUUUGCUAAAAUUCAGAAGCUGGAGGAAUUACUAUUGAUGAACCAAAAUAUGAACCAGGUAUCAAUAUUGCUUGUCCACCAGGAUAUUGGUGUAACCAGCAAGAUGAAAAUGCAGCUAGAUACACUAUGUUCCCUUGCCCUGCUGGAUUCAAAAGCAGAAAUAAGGUUAAUGCAAUCAACAGAGAUGAAGCGUGUUCUGUUUGCGAAGAGGGUUACUAUUGUGAAGGUGCAAAUAUUGAACCUAAAAUCUGUUUUAGAGGUCAUUACUGUCCAAAAUUCGUCAAGAGCAUCACCUAAUAUCCUUGCCCAGCAGGCAUGUAUCUUGAUUCAGAAGGAAAAACAUCAGAGGAGGAUUGUAAGAUCUGCCCAAUCGGAUAUUACUGUCCUGAGGGGUCAGCAUUCCCUUUGAUUUGCUCACCAGGUAAUAUUUGCCCAAUAGAAGGCUUAAAAGAAUACUAAAUUAUGCCAUGUCCUGCUGGAUCAUACAACCCCUUCCCAGGAAAAACUACAUGUGAAACUUGUCCAAAAGGAUAAUAUUGCCCUUAAGGAUCACAAUACCCUUAACUAUGCCCUCCUGGCACAUACAAUGAUUUGGAAGGUCAAAAAGUAAGAUAAGACUGCAAAACUUGUCCGAUUAAUCAUCUCUGCACUGUAUUUGGCUUAACAUAGUAUGACUCAGCUAGCCAGCCUAAAGUUGAAAAUGGCUAUUUGUCACCGGCUGGUGUUAAUCAUGGUUAACAAUUGCCAUGCCCACCUGGCACCAUAGACUAUCUUAGGAAUCUAACAAAUCCAGAUCAGUGCUAAAUCUGUGACAUAGGUUUCGCUUGUGAACCAGGAACUGCAACCUCAGCAUUUACAAGAAUGAGGGUGACUUGUGAGCCAGGUUAUUACUGUCCACUAGGAACCACUCAUGAUAAAUAAUAUCCAUGUCCUGGUGGAACUUAUUCUGCAGCUCACGAUCUAGUCUCUGCUACUUAAUGCUUAACUUGCCCUUCAGGAUACUUCUGUCCUCCUGGAUCCUAUCAACCAUAUAUAUGCCCGAAUGGUUACUUCUGCCUUUCAGGAACUGAAAAUUUCCAGCAUACUCCUUGCAAAAAUGGAACUUAUACCUACAAAAAAGGCUUAAAAGAUGCUAGUGAAUGCACUAUCUGUCCUAAAGGCUAUUUUUGUAAAGAGUUCACUAUAUUCCCAGAAAAAUGCCCUAAAGGUACUUAUAACGACUAAGAGGGAGCAUUCAUUGCUGAUAAUUCAAUUGUCAGUAAUGGCGAUUCAAUAAUCACAUGCAAAGUUUGUCCUGCUGGAAGAAAGUGUCCAUUUGAAGGAAUGAUUGAUCCUAUUCCCUGUACAGCGGGAUAUUAUUCUCCUAGUGGAAGCCAGACCUGCUUUGAAUGCUAAGAGGGGCACCAUUGCUAUAGUAGAAAUUAUUUGGAUAUUGAUCGGUAUAAAUAUGCUAUAUAAGAGACAGGUGGAUAUUAUAGCGACGGAAUGGUUUCAAUUAUUUGUCCAGAAGGCUAUUUCUGUCCAGCCGGUACUAGAAUACCUCAUAAAUGCCCUGCAGGUACCUAUUAAGAUUAAGUAGGAAGAUUAUCAUCUAAGGAAUGCAUAACAACUCCAGCAGGAUUUUAUACUCAAUAAAGAGGUUUAUCAAAGUUUUAAGACUAUUUAUGCGCCAUUGGGUAUUAUUGUCCAUAGGGAUCAAACUCCUAAUUUGCCUACAGAUGCCCAAGAGGAUUCUACAAUAAUUAAACAUAAUAAUCAGCUUGUAAAAGCUGCCCAGCUGGAUUCUUCUGUAAUGAAACAUUCAUUCAUCCUUAAAUUUGUCCUCAGGGACAUUAUUGCCCUGAUAAAGUUCAUGAGCCUCUAAAGUGCCCAGUUGGAACUUUUGGAGCUGCUCUUGGUUACAAAGACUCAGCCUCAUGCUAGACAUGUCCACCUGGUCAAUAUUGCUCUCAACAAGGCAUAUCGUCUCCUGAUGGACUAUGUGAUCCUGGAUAUUACUGUAAAGGUGGAGCUAAGGUGCCAAAUCCAACUGAUGGAAAUACUGGCGAUGUUUGCUAAAAAGGUGGUUUCUGUGAAUAUGGAUCAAAGAGAAUCAAAGAAUGCCCUCCAGGUACUUUCAAUGAUAAGGUGAAAGCUAAAACUCAAACUGAUUGUAGAGCCUGUCUACCAGGUAACUAUUGCUAAGGAUCAAACUUAUCAAUUCCUACUGGAAUGUGUGAAGCUGGCUAUUAUUGCCCAGCAGGCUCAACAGACAAAAGAUAAAAUCCAGCAGAACCAGGAUAUUUUACAAAGGAAGGAGCAAGUAGUUAAGAAAUCUGCGAAUAUGGAUACUAUAACCCUUUUACUGCUAGAUCAACCUGCUUAGAAUGUGAAGCUGGAUUUUACUGCGAUGAGUAAGGCAUGACUGAUAAUAUUAAGGAUUGCCCAAGAGGUUAGUAUUGCCCUAAAAAUACAACAAUUCCAACUAAAUGCCCUAUUGGAACAUAUCUAAAUCAGUUUAAUGGAAAGAGCUAAAGUGAUUGUAAACCAUGUGCUCCAGGAAAAUACUGUAACGUUGAAGGUUUGAUCGAGCCAUCUGGCUAUUGUGAUUAAGGGUACUUCUGCAUAUCAGGUUCAACCAGUAUGACACCAAUCAACCAAUCUAUUGAAACAUAUGGACCUUGUCCUGCAGGUAAAUACUGCCCACUAGGAACAUCAUACCCUAUUCCCUGUCCUGCAGGUACUUUUUCAUCCACAGCAUAUUAAUACAGUAAUACUUCAUGCAAGCCUUGCACUACUGGCUUUUACUGCUCUCAGUCAGGUUUAUCAGCCCCAACCGGGUCUUGCGAUCCUGGAUUUUAUUGCCCUGGUGGCUAGAUAUCACCUAGACCAAAGAAUUUUUCCUGUAAAGAAGGUGAAUAUUGCCCUGCUAAGUCUGGACUACCAACAAUUGUUCCUGCUGGAUACUAUCAAAGCAUGCCUUUUUAAUCUACUUAUGUAAUUUGUCCAAAAGGCUACUACUGCGAAGAGGGAAGUACUUAAUAUAAAAAUAAUUCAUGCCCUCCAGGCUACUAUUGCCCAGCUGGCACCUAAUACAAAAAUUAAUAUCCAUGCCCAGCUGGAAAAUAUCAGCCAUUAACUGGAUAAUACACUUGCAUUGAUUGUGACCCAGGUAAAUACUGUAAUUAAACAGGAUUGUCAUAAGUAAAAGGAGAUUGUUCUGCUGGUUAUUAUUGCAAGUCUGGUUCUGCUACUGCAACACCAAUCACAUUCUAAAAUGGAGUUGAAGUUGGGGGGUAAUGCAAAAAAGGAUACUACUGUCCAUCAGGCUCAGCAGUGAUGAGACCCUGCCUACCAGGAUAAUAUUGUGGAAAAGUUGGCCUAGAUAAACCAUCUGGGUAAUGCAAGGCCGGCUACUAUUGUCUAACAACUGCCAUAGUAUCAACUCCAAAUAAUGAAAUUGAUGGAGGUGGUAUAUGCCCAGCUGGUUACUAUUGCCAAGAAGGAUCAACUGUUCCUAUUCCUUGUCCAGUCGGAACUUUUAGUUCAUUAUCUGGUAACACUCACAAAGAUAACUGCACUAUUUGUCUAAAUGGCACCUAUUGUGAAUCUUCAGGCUUAUCAGCACCAACAGGCUAGUGUGCUCGAGGAUAUUACUGUCCACAAGGCUAAAAAACACCAAGAAAUCCUGAUUAUAUUUGCCCCAUUGGCUAUAGAUGUCCUCUAGGAAGUACUGAUCCCAUUAGCUGUAGUGAUUAUACAUAUUAAGACAUGAAAGGAUAAGAGAACUGUAAAGACUGCCCGCCAGGAUAUAAUUGCACUAAGACAGGUCUUUCAUUGUGUGGCGCCUAAUUCUAUUGCCCAUAAAGUUAAGUGAGAUAAGCUUGCCCUGCUGGUAGAUUUACAUUUAAGUACAAUGCCUCAACAAUAAAUGAUUGUUUGGCUUGCUUACCAGGAUAUUAUUGUAAAAGUGACGAUGUCACAGGUAUAGUCAUACUUCCAUGCCCAGCAGGAGUUGUCUGCACUAGUGAAGCCACAAACUCUUCUGGUAAUAAUCCCUGCCCGGCCGGCUACUUCUGUCCAGCUAAGACUUCUUAUCCAAGAAAAUGCCCACCAGGUAAAUACUGUGCUACUACUGAAGGAUUAGAAAGAUUAGUUGAGCCAACUGGCCUCUGUUCUCAAGGUUACUAUUGCACACUUGGUGCAUCGUCAAGAACACCUCUUGAUGGUAUGACUGGAGAUAGAUGCCCCAGAGGUAAAUAUUGCCCAGAAGGUUCUUUUGUUCCAAUUGCAUGUCCCAUUGGAACUUAUAAUGAUUAGUUUACGUAGACUAGUGAUGCAGCAUGCAAAGCUUGUCCUGUAGGAUAUCAAUGUACAGUGCUUGGCGCUGAAACAUAUGAUUCUAUCUGUCCGAUUGGAUUUUAUUGUCCUGGUGACAACUAAGUUAUCCCUUGUCCAAUUGGAUACUACUGUCCAGCCAAAUCAGAUGAUCCACUUAAAUGCCCAUCAGGAUACUAUUAACCAAAUCCAUAGCAAUCUUCUUGCCUUUCAUGCCCAACAGGUUUCUACUGUCCAUAAACACCUAACGCAACUCAAGCUUUAACUUGUCCUAAAGGAUUCUAUUGCCCAGUCAGGACUCUCGAUCCAGUUGCAUGCGGAACUGGUACAUUUAAUCCUUUCUUAGGUUAAGACUCUGUUUUGGAUUGUCUAUCUUGCACAGAAGGUUAAUAUUGUCAAGGUUCAAGUCUCACAGCCCCUACUGGAUAAUGUAAUGCAGGCUACUAUUGCAGAGAAAAAGCGUAUUAAAUUACACCUGAUGAAGCUGAAAAUGGAAAAGAUUAUGGAUAAUGCAAACCUGGCUACUAUUGUCCUGCUGGUAGUGGCAGUAUGACUCCUUGCCCUAUUGGUACUAUCAACGAUAAUCUUGGAUCAACAACUAUCAGUGAUUGUAUUCCAUGUCCUGCUGGAUUUUACUGUAAUUAAGUUGGUGCAUCUAGUGCUACAUUUGGAUUUGAUUAGAAAUCAUUGGCCUAUGCAUGUGAAGAUGGCUUUAUUUGUACAGGAGGUGCUAAAAGCUCUAGACCAUCUCUUUAAGCAGGCUAAGCUGGUUAGCUUUGCCCUGCAGGUUCUUAUUGCAGUGACACUUAACAAAUAUAAUGUCCUAUUUCAUACUAUAAUGCUGACAAGGGAAGACCUACUUGUGACGGCUGUCUCGAAGGAAAGUACUGCAACGAGAUUGGAAUGGUGAAACCCUAUAAUUGCCCUGCUGGCCACUACUGUCUUAAAAUAAAUUAAGGGAUGGAAUCAUACGAUCCAACUAAAUCUAGUGAAAUAAACCUCAAUGAAUGCUAAGCUGGCAGGUACAGUGAAUUUGAAGGUAAUGAAUAAGCUGAGGAUUGUACUGAAUGCUAAGAAGGAUAAUAUUGUUCUGGAGGAGGCUCUAAACCAGAUGGCAAAUGCUCAGAGGGUUUCUAUUGCGGAAAAGGAUCAAGUGAACCGACAUCGACAGAGAACUAUACAAUGGGCUCUGCAAAUAUAAAGCAAGGCAGAUGCCCUUAGGGUUAUUACUGUCCUGCAGGAACUUUAGCUCCUAUUCCUUGUGGACUUGGAACCUACAACCCUUACUAUCAAAGAAGCUCAUGUGAUCCAUGCCCAACUGGCUACUAUUGCAACGAAUUAGGACUUGAUAAUACCACAUUAUAAAAUAAAAAGUGUAAAGCUGGCUACUAUUGCAUUUAAAGUGCAAUUAUUCCUUACCCUACUGAUAAUACAACUGGAAGAUUAUGUAGGCCAGGUUAUUACUGCAAAUCAGGAGAGAAAGAGUUAUUAUGUCCACCUGGAACAUACGAGCAUCGAUACGGGUCUUCCCAAUGCUAGACGUGUCCUCUAGGAUAUAUUUGCAGGCAGGGUUCUAUUAAACCCGAGCCAUGUCCAAUAGGAAAAUAUUGCCCUCCAGAUGCUAAUGAUACAUAAAAUUGCCCUGAUGGCUUCUAUGGUCACACUGACAGAUUAUAUUCACCCUCUCAAUGUGCUGCUUGUCCAACUGGCUACUAUUGCUAAAAUGGUGUUAUUUAAGGAAAAUGUUCUGCAGGUUAUUAUUGUGAUACUGGAGCCAUAUCAGCUUAAGAUCCUGAUAAGAGAUGCCCAAUAAGUCACUACUGCCUCGAAGGUACUUUAUAUCCAAAGAGAUGUCCUAAUGGUGGAAGUACUCCAACUCUUGGUGCUAGUUAAGCUAAUUAAUGUGUCACUUGUGGUGAAGGUUUCUUCUGUCUUGAGAAUGGUGAUAGCUAAACAUCAUGUCCUAAAGGUCAUUACUGUCUUGGUAUGGUUGACCCUGAAGCCUGCCCUUCCUACACCUAUAAUAACAUGAGAGGAAGACAAAGUCUCUCCGACUGCUUGAAAUGCCCAGCUGGUUACAUCUGUAAUCAAACAGGAAUUGCAGAUUAUAAGAGUUUCCCAUGCCCAAGAGGAUAUUAUUGCCCGAUUGAAUCAACUAAAGUAGCCAUUGAAUGCCCAAUAGGCACAUACAAUAAUCAAGGUAGUGGAGCAAAGUUAGAGGACUGCAAAUCAUGUCCUGCAGGUUAUUAUUGUCCCAAAGCAACUAUUAAUCCUAUUCCAUGUAAAAAUGGAACUUAUUGUCCUCUAGGAUCUUCAAGUGCUACUACAUGCCCAACUGGUAAUUACUGUCCAUCAUUGAUUGGAUCAGCCUAAUCUUGUCCAUUAUCUUUCUAUUGUCCAGUGACUGGUUCAGACUAGUAUCUAAAAUGCUCAAAUGGUACAUACUGUGCUGCAAAAGCAUAAAGUACUAUAGCAUGCCCUAAUGGAUAUUAUGGAAGCAGUGAUCCAAACAACUACAAUUUAGACAAAGGGUGUAUUGGAUGUGAUGCAGGAUUCUACUCUGUAUAAGGUGCUAAUGAAUGCCUACCUUGUAAAGCAGGCUACAUUUGUCUUGGAAAUACUAGUAAAUCUGAACCAACUGAAAAAGCGAAAGACGGCGGCUAUAAGUGUCCUUUAGGUUACUACUGUCCAUCAGGCAGCUACUCACCAAUUGCUUGCCCAAGAGGAACUUAUGGAGGAUCUAUUGGCCUGAAAUCUGAGUCUGAUUGUUAGAAAUGUUCAGCAGGCUAAUAUGGAGACGUUAUUGGUUUAACUUCAUGCAAAAAAUGCAAUGGAUAUACUACAUCAGUUGCUGGAGCUUCCAGUUGCUCAUGUAUUGGAAGUAAUAGAGUCUACUUAGCAUCAUCUGGUUAAUGUGUUUGCAAAACAGGAUUUGAACCAGCAGAGUCAGGUUCAAAUGAUGAUUCUGAUGUGGACUGCACAUAAAAGGUCUAUCAAGCUUGCACAUAGAGCUAAGUUUAAGAUCAAUUUGGAGGCUGUAAAUCUUCAGAUGACUGCAAAAAAGAGUGCAAUGGUGGUUCUGGAACUAUUACUGCUGGAUUGGGAGUCUGCUAAUGCAAUAAUUAGACAAGUGCUGAUGAUAUAUGCGAUUCCAGUUGUCUUGCAAAGAAAAAGCAAGUUACCUUUACAUCCGAUGGCUAAAUAAAGAUCUAUGACCCAAUUAGUAAAACAAGUUCUGUUUCUAGUUUGAGUGGAGUUGAAGGCUCUCUUUCAUGCAUUAAUGAAGAUACAUCUCUGUGUCAACUAGUUAACUUGAUAUAAACAGCUGCUGGUGACUUCGCAGCUGAUUUCACCACAUCUUCAGCACUCUCCACUACUUCUAAAAGAGUUUUGUUUGAAGAAUUUGAAUAAGAGAAUUAUGAUGAUACGAACAGUCACUUCAAGUAUCAUAAAAAGAGAAGAAAUCUUCAAACUGCUGGCUAAGAUAACUACAUUAGAAAUCCAGUUGUAUGUCUAACUCAGGGGUCAGCUCUGCUAUUUGAAAAUUUGAGCAAGACUCACUAUCCAGUUUAUCUCAAGGAUUCACUGAUAAACACCAAUGGUGCAUUCGAUUAUAGUCAGUUUACAAAUCUUGCGACUAAGGUUAAGAAUGGCUAAAAUAUUACUAGAUUCAUCUUCUCAUUCUAAGAUCCAGGAGUCUAUGUAUUUGGUGAUUCAGCAGAUGACUCAAAGACAACUAUUGUUUCAAUUAUGCCUAGUUCAUAAAAAUGUCCAUCAGGAGUUCUAUAUGAAGCUAAGACACUUGCCAACUUACUUAAGGUAGGAGUUGCAAUCAACAAAAACAUCAUCUACUCACCUGAUUGGGGAUUCUUCAUUGGUAUAGUAGCUGCAGUCCUCGGAUUGAUUUUGAUCAGUGUUUUCGGAAUCGGUUACGUCUACAGAAAAUCAUGGGCUGUAAAAACCUAUGAUUCUAUUGGAUAUCAAAGAAAGAACUACAGUUUAAUCAAGGUACAAGAUCCCAAUGAGCAUGAUGCUAUAAUUUCCAUCAAUGCUGAUACUGAAUCAUUUUCAUUCCUUAAUGAAGGUAAAGAAGUCUUGAGAUCUAGAGAACAAAAGAAGGCUAAAGAUGCUUAAGAAAAACUUGACAAGGAAAGAAAGAAGAAAAUUAAGAAGCAGAAGCAGCUAGAAAUUGAAGAGGUUGAAAACCUAAAGGAUAAGUUAUAUAAGCAUCUAGGUGAGAUCAAGAAGCUAUUUGGAGUAGAUGGCAAUGUGGAAGAUGAUGAUGAGAAUGCUUAAUUGCUAGAAAAUGAUGAAGAACUUAGAGCUCAGAAGUUAUUUGAUCAAAUUGCUAAGCUAAAAGAAAUCAUAGAUGAAAAUCGUAGAGUGCUUGAAGGAGAUAUCCUUGAAGAUCAUCAGACCACAGAAGAAGAAAAACAAAGAUUGGAAUAGGAGAAGAAGGACAGAGAAGAGUUCGAACAAAGAUAAGCUGAGGAGGAAGCAAAGAGAAUAAAAGAACUGGAGUACCAGAGAAAUCAUGAUGCCAAGUAAAAGAAGAAUCUAGAUUAGUUCGACAAGAAGAAGAAUGAAGUGAUUGGUUUCUUUGAAGGUGACUUAGACAGAAGGAAGCAAGACAUGCUUGAUAAAAUGGAGAAACUUGGAGUCAAUCUCAGCAAAGAGGACAGAGAGAGAAUGAUGGAACAGUUUGACUCUAAUCUUGGUAAGAUUGGCUCUAUUUUGGAGGACGAUGAAGCCUAUCAAUAAGAUUUGUUGAGAAGGAAACUUGAGGAGAGAAAAAACCGCAGAAAGAAGCUGUAAGAUAAGCUGCAAGAUCAAGAAAAAAUUCUUCAUAAGAAAAACGAAGAGUUCAAACAGCAGUAAGAAGAAGUUGAGAGUCACUGUCAAGACCUGAAUAUAUAAUUGGAUGCUGAGAUAGCUUAGGAAAGAAUUCAAAAGAAACUUGCGUUAGAUGAUGACAUUGAAAGAGCGAAGAUUGAUAAGCUGUAAAACUUUGAGGACUUACUAAAAGAAAGCAAGAAUCAAAAGGAUUUCAGCAAUAUCCUAGAUCAGUAUCAGGAUGCUCGUAAGAAGGUUGAAAGUGAGCUUGAAAAAGAGAAGCAGAAGCAAGAAUAAGAUCUGGAUAAAGCACUUAAGAACAGAAGAGGUAUGAGAAGAGCUUAACUUGAAAAGGAAAAAGCUGAAAAGCUCAAAGAGAUUUAAAGAGAUAUGGAGGUUCAAACAGAAAAUGAUAGAAAGAAGAUAGAAGAACUUAAAAAUAUCAUUCAGCUAGAUGACGGCUCUAAGUAACAGAGCAGCAUCUUAGAUAAGAACAUUGAAAAGAUUAUUCAAGGAGCAUCACAUUAAUCUGAGUCUUAACUUAACAGAAAGCAGACUCUUAGAGAUAAAAGUGACAGUUUAUUCGAUAGACUGAAAAAAGGUCUGAUGACUAAGCUUGAAAAAUUGAUGCAAUAGCAUUCCAAGGAACGCAAAGAGAUGGAGAGGAAAAUGAUUGAUGAAGGCAAAGUACUUGAUCAAGAAGUACAAGCGGCUUAGAACAAGUUCUCUGACCAAUUAACUCAAGAGCUGUCUCAAAGGGAUGAACUCAAGAAAAGAUUGGAGCAAGAAUCUCAGACAAUGGAUGAGUAGCAAAAGAAGAAUUUGAUAGAGGAGUUAAAGCAAAGAGAUAACAGCAUUAAAGACAAGUUGGAUCAGUAGAAUUAAUAACAGGAUAAUGCCUUAGCUGAGAAGCUAAAGCAAAGGAGAAAAAGAAAGGAAGAGUUAGCUGAGUUGGAAAGAGAGAUGAAGUCCAAGCAGAUCGUUGAAAGAGAACUAGAAGAAGAUAUCUAGAAUCUAGAAGAUAAAAACGCUAAGGCAUAACAAGAUAGACAUAACUUAGAAGCAACAUUGAAUGAGUUAAAGAUGAACCUACCAGCUGAGGAACUACCCUAUGCCAUUCAGAGAGUACUAGAUGAGAAACAUGAAGCAGAGCUAAACGAUCUACUUGUAGAAUUAUUUGAGCUCAAGUGUAGAGAAUUACAAGAUGAGGUUUUCAAUGUGCUCGAAGAGAAACUUCACAAGCAAGGUGCUAUUUAAAAAGAAUAUUAAGACAAGAUCAGUGUCAUCCAGAAACUCCAAGACUAGACCCCAGAUCAAGAAAUGAAAGAUAACUUGUAGAAGAUUAAAGAUAAUCUUAAAAAGGAAGAAUAAAAGGAACUAUAAAAUCUUGAAUGGGAUUAUAAGACUCUAGAAGGUUAGAUGGAAAUGGAUGUUAACUAGAGACUAAUUGACAAGGAGAAUCAGAGACUUCUCUGGCUUAAAGAGAAAUAGCUAAGUGAAAAGCAGGAGGUGUUCAACUAGUAUCUACCAGAAAGCAACUCAAUUAAGGAGAUUAUUAAUGAGAUAAAUGAGGACGAGUAUAAGGAACUUGAAGAGUUCAAAUUUGAGCAAGAAGCUGACAAGAUUAAGAAAAUUCAAGAUCUCGAAAGAUAGCAAGAACUGAUUAAUAAAGAAAUGGAAGCAUAGAAAGAAAGAAUGCAAAAGAUGGAUGCAAUCAAUUAAUAACUUUAAUAAGAAGAAGAAAGAAGAGAAAGAGAGAGAUAGAAUAAGCUAAGAAGAGAAAGAAUGCAAGAGUCAAAUAUGAACAGUAACGCUUACAUUGAAAAGCUCAAGAGAGAUCUAGAAAAGAUCAAUGAACAACUAGACUCAGCAAUCUCCUCUGAAAAGCAACGUUAACUCACAAUGAUGCAGAAAGCUCUAGAAGCCAAGAUGGUAGAUGCUGAGCGAGUUAGAUAAGAAGAAGAAGAGAAGUUUAGACUAGAGGAAGAAGCUGAGAGAAAACGCUAAGAAGAGGAAGAAAUUAAAAAGAAAGAGGAAGAGGCUGCAUUCUCCAAGCUCAAAGAGCAGACUGAUGCCUACAGAAUAGUUAUUGAUAAAAAGAAGUAUCACGGCCCAGGCAAGAUGGAAAACAUCAAUAAAUACUAUGAAGCACUAAUGAGAAAGAAGGAAAAUUAAUACAUCUUAAAGAUGAACACCCAGCUAAAGAGCUCUCAUCUAGCAAAUCAUCUUGCCAAUAACAUUGGUGGAUAGAUUCUAGGCAAUCUCACUUCAUAAUUGACUUCAAGAACAAAUAUUGGUGCUGCAGCUGGAGCUGAUGGGUUAUUGGCGUUCGGUGAGAAUUCUGUUAGUAAGGAAUAGCAAUUAAAGAUGCUAAAUGAAAUUCUAACAAAGAUUGAAGGUUUGGAAUCAUAAGUAAAGAAGGAGUUGGCCUUAGCAAGACCAAAACAAAGCAAAUUUGCCUAAAAUACUGAUAGUAAAAGUCAGCUUAGAUCAAACCGCGAUGGUAGGUCAAUGUUUGGCUCUACUAUGAAAUUCAGAGAUGAUGUCAGUGUAGUUAGCAAAAACAUUAAAAGCAGAAAACCUAGUGUUAUGCAAAAAGGAUACUAAUGA